AUGGAGCCGAGUAAAGAAUUCGAUGGAGGCGGUGACGGAGGUGGAGGAAGUUCCGACGAUAAAUCAAAGCAAAUCGACAAUCAAAAGCCGGAGGAAGGAGGAGGAGGAGGAGCCGCCGCCGCCGCCGGUGGUUUGAAGGGGAAAUCAUGUAAGGGUUACCUUUACUACUCUUCCGUUCUCAAAUCCAACGGCAGGAAUCCUCGCUGCAUCGGCAUUCCCCGUACCCUCCCUUCAGGAACUAAUUUUGGUGCUGGACGAAGUGAGCAUCAAUCUGAUAAUGAGAAGGAUCUCAAUGACUUUUACUAUGGUUGUGCCGGGUACUCGGUGUAUGUUAAUGGUGACCAUUCGGCAGACAAAGAAGAGUUAAAAACGCGCUUACCGGGCUGUAUCGGCCUGGAGCUCCUAGUGAAUAAAAAAGUCAUCAAUUCAAGUACUUCUGCUCCAGCUCCUGCUCAACAUAGAGAAGAUGGUCGCAGCGAAUCCCCUCGUCCUCAGAUGCCGAAGCCACUCCAGACUCCAACUGACGACUUCCUGGCCAGGUUUACAAGGAAUGCGAACCUGGUUGCCUCAGGAGUUGCCAGGAACAUGAGGAGAGUAGGGAACCACAUAAAAGACACUGUAGAUGAUAUAUUUUUCCCCUUCAGAAGACGUCCCAAGUGA